ACCAGUCAAUCAAUCAAUCAAUCACCUUUAUUUAUAUAGCGCUUUAAACAAAAUAUAUUGCGUCAAUGCACUGAACAACAUUCAUUAGGAAAACAGUGUCUCAAUAAUGAAAAAUGAAAGUUAAAAGCAGUUCAUCAUUGAAUUCAGUGAUGUCAUCUCUGUUCGGUUUAAAUAGUGUCUGUGCAUUUAUUUGCAAUCAAGUCAAUGAUAUCGACAGCGGCAAGGAACCGAAACUCCAUCGGUGACAGAAUGGAGACAAAACCUUGGGAGAAACCAGGCUCAGUUGGGGGCCAGUUCUCCUCUGACCAGAUGAAACCAGCAGUUCAAUUCCAGACUGCAGCAAAGUCAGAUUGUGCAGAAAAAUCACCAGUCCAGAUCUAUACCUCCACCUUUCCUCCAGGUCAAACUCAGAGCUCACUUUCAACCAGACUGCCAUGGUUGAGCACAUCAGACUUGAACCCACAAUCCAGCAGCUUCACGAUCACAGAUCAUCACAUCUCCUCACCAGCUCAGAUCAGCUGCUGCCCGUCCUCUCUCAGUUCAUCCAUCAUCAUCAUCACUGCAGGAGGUCUGGUUUUGCUCCUGAUUUUUGCUGUUUUGCUUGUUGUGGCUGUAUGGAAAAGGAAGAAAAAGACUUGUGGUUUGGUCUCCUCUUCUGCUGAAGGGGUUAAUCUGACAGAAAAUAGAAGAACAGAGAAUGCUUAUGUGAAAGGAAAACCAUCUGUGUUCUCAAAUCUACACACAGCUCAACGUGAUGAUGGUUUUGUACUGAACAAAUUUCACAGACCUGCAAACACAGAAACAGUCGACACAGACCUCGACUACAUGAAUGUUGCUGCUGCUGAGAGAAACGCUGUGGAUCCAGAUCAGAUCUACACAGAACUGAACUCCAGCAGACAGAGUGACGUUUAUCAGAGUCUCAGAACUGAUUCUGUUCAAGAAGAGUCCAUCUAUCACAGUAUUGGUCAAACACUGGACUGAACUCUGAAGCCCCUUUUUUUACUUUUAUUGAAUAUGAAUAUUGCAUAAACUUUGAAAAUGGUGCAGUGGUCUUAAAUAAUCUUGUAGGUCUAAUAAAUGCUAAAUGUAUGACUACUUUAUCUGUAAACAUGUUCACUAAUAAGGGAGUGGCUGAUGACAUCACAAGAAAACAAUCUGUCUCAAACCUUCGUCGUGGCUUUCCUGAGCUGAAAUAUUUGUAACUAAAAUGUUGAAAAAUGAUACAUACUUUGUAAGGAAACACAUUGAGUGUUCAUCAAGGGAAACUAUCUGAUUCUGAUUAGAUUUUGGUCAAUCCAAUCAAAUUGGGUCAUCUUGUGAAAGUGGGUAGUUCAACAUUAAAAAAAAAGGAUUCUAAAAUUGGAUAACAAUCACAUUUUGGAUCGGUAUCAAACCGCCAUUAUGUGUUUUUCAAGACCUUUCAGUAAGAUUGAGAAACCGUUGAUAAAAGCAAUACAACUUUAAAACAAAUUAUGAGGAAAAUGUGAUUUGCAUCAUUCAAUGAGUUGAGGAUUUAUAUUUUUAUUUUGCUCUUGACUCAUUUAACUAUGCUAGAAGCAGACAUUAUGCAACCUAUAAUAAUCCAUAAAUACUGCCCAAAAUAGCUUUCAGUAUCAAACUAAAAUAAUCCUUAUACAUCUUCAGGCCAUUGAUCACUGUAUAUUAAUCAUCAGAG